AUGCGGCAGAGCACCAUGAACCGUAGCCCACCGUUUAGGAGCCACGCCGGCGCCGGCGGAGACGACGACACCAUGGCCGUCCGCCGGCCCCCGAGCGUUAUUGCAGCUUCGGAGAUGGACUUCUUCUCGGAGUUCUUCGGCCCGCUCUCUCCGGCGAGCGGGGCUCACUGUGCACCUCACCCUGUUCUCGCUGCCAGAGUCAACGUCGGCGUCGGGGUCAGCGACGCUGCCGACAGCUCGGAGGACGUCGAGAAGGAGAGUUCCAGCGGCAUGAAGAGCAUCCCUGCCGUCGCAAACGACACUCCCGGCUGUCCCAGCGAAGAGGUGGAUGCGAGGAGCAAGCCGCCGCGGAAACGGAAACGAAACCGCACGUCGGAGAUGCAUAAUCUCACCGAGAGAAGGAGGAGAGAGAGGAUAAAGGAGAAGCUGAAGGCACUGCAAGAACUCAUACCCAAUUCACAUAAACUGCAUAGAGCAUCUCUGCUAGAAGAGGCCAUUGGGUACAUCAAAUCCCUGCAACAGCAACUACAAAUCAUGUCAGGGGGUGGCAUAUAUCCUGCUCCAUUUGUGUCUCCUCCUGCAAUGCCCUGCCCGAGAAUGCCUCAUUUCUCUCCCUUCCCCGCCUCCGGACUCAACCUCGGCAUGAACAUGGGCAUCGGGAUGGGAGUACCCGGCAUGGCUUCUUCCACAGGCUUGUCUCCGCCUUCCUCUUCGUUUCCAGCAACCAGCUUGGUGCCAAUGGCCGCAGUCAGCCCCAUCUCACAUUUCCAAUCACCAAUGGCGAUGCAUUACUGGCCGUACAACGCAUCACAGGAGCUUCCAACUUUGGCACCAUCAACCGCUGUUUGUAGCCAGGCUUUGCAGGCUGAACUCUUCCACUCCAUUAACCAAUCUGAGCCAAGCAGUGCGGCGGUCAACGGAGCUACGCAGGCAAUGGCUCCUGUCUCCCUCUCUUGA